CCGACCGUCAGAGCUCGUCCAGACGGGCGCGCUGGGCCUGCUCUUCCUCUCUUCGGCCCUCUCUGUCUCCGCCGUCCUCACGCUGCGGGCCUGCCUCGCCACCGCCCCGCACUCGCUCUGCACGCACGCCUCCUUUGCCUGGAGCCGGAACCCCAUCUGCGUGUCGAGUGUCGGCCUCGCUCUCUCCCUCUCGGCGCUGCUGCCGAGCGUGGUCAGCGCGGUCGGCACGGUCUGGCUCGCGCUCCACCUCGGCCGGCAGGUUGGCGGGCCGGAGGAGCGCCGGCUGGCGGAAGCCUUCGGCGAGAGCUGGCGCUCCUACGCCGAGGAGGUGCCCGCCGUGGGGAGCCUCGAGUCGCUCGCGAUCUCCGCGCUGCUCAUCACCGGCUGCGGCGUCCUGCUGCACGGCCUGCUGCCGGCGGCUGUGCUGCCGGGGGAGGCGGCGCUUCGGAGGCCGCAGCAGCGCCCCCUCGCGGCCGCGACGCCGCGCGAGGCCGACGAGGCCCUCUCGGCCGGCCCUCCGGCGAGCGAGCGCUAA